AUGGACCUCUGGCUUUGGUCACUUUACUUCCUGCCAGUAGCUGGAGCCCUGAGGGUCGUUCCAGAAGUAAAGGUGGAGGGAAUGCUGGGAGGAUCCGUUGUUAUCGAGUGCCCGCUUCCUGAAAUGCAUGUGAGGAUAUAUCUGUGCCGGACAAUUGUUGAGUCUGGAGGAUGUGCCACCGUGGUGUCCAACAGGAACUUUGUCAAGAAGGAAUUCAAGAAUCGAGUCACACUGGAGCUGUGUCCAGACAGGAAUCUGUUCCUGGUGGAGAUGACAGAGCUGGUCGAGAGUGACAGCGGGGUCUAUGCCUGUGGGGCAGGCAUGGACACAGACCGGGGCAAGACCCAGCAGGUCACCCUGUCUGUUCACAGUGAUUACGGGCCUUUCUGGGAAGAAGAGCCAAUGCCUGAGCCUCCAGCAUGGUUUAACAGAUUUCUCCAAAUGCGUAUGCCCCUUUGGUUCCAGAUGCCUGAACAUGCCAGUUCUUUGGAAUUCAUAUCCAAAGUAACCACACCAGCUCAAAGGACCGAGGCCCCUCCAGCACACCAUGCCUCCCCCACCACCUCAAUCACCCACCGCCCUCGAGUUUACAGGGCAUCUUCAGCAGCAACUGCCCAGCCCACCACCCUCCUGCCAUCUGCCACAGCCUCAAAAACCUCAGCACAGGAGGAACUGCUCAGGCUCCAGACGGCCAGCUACAACCACCAAACCAGGCUUCACAGGCAGAGUUCACUCAACCAGGGCCCAGGCCCCGUGUCUGGGAUGGAAGACCAAGGCUUCUACAUCCUGACCCCCACCAUCCUGGGUCUCAUCCUGCUGGCACUUCUGGGGCUGGUGGCGAAGAGGGUCAUUCAGAGGAGGAAAGCUCUCUCCAGACGGGUCCGCCGACUGGCCGUGAGGAUGCGCGCCCUGGAGGCCUCACAGCGGCCCCUGUCACAGCGGCCACGCGUGUCACAGCGGCCACGCGUGUCGCAGCGGCCACGCACCCAAAACAACGUCUACAGCGCCUGCCCUCGGCGCCCUCGGGGGGUGGACGCUGCUGGUGAAGGGGCGGCACCUCUCCCGUGCCCCGGAGCAUUGGCGCCCCCAGCCCCGCCGCAGGUGUCGGAAACUCCCUGGCUCCAUGCCCCAUCUGUGAAGAUCAGCUGUGAAUAUGUGAGCUUCUACCACCAGCCUGCUGCCAAGAUGGAGGACACGCAUUCCGAUGACUACGUCAAUAUUCCCUGCCUGACUCAGCUCUCCAGCUGUCCCCCUGGGCCCAGACCUUGGUGCCAAUGA